AUGCAUUCUAUAGCGUGCGCGGUGCUGCUGCCUGCUGUAUCAGCGCACGCAUGUCUUGCAGUGAUUUCCGUUGCUUCUCACUGCUUGUCUUGCUAUCUGCCUGCCGGGGAUUGUCGACAGGGAGCAAGCCCAUUGGGUGAAAAAGGUCUGGACAUUGCGCACCGUGGCCUGUUGGCGGUAAUAAUCCAUGUAAUUAUGCCAGCAGCCAACAGCAGUUUUGAUACCGUAAUUACUACACAUACCCGCCAUGCACCCGUACCUGUGCAAAAGUGGGUCCUGGUCAGCCAAGACCAACCAGCGCUAGCGACUUUGUCGAGAGCUUACGGUACUGUAGUGCUUGGUCAGUGCGCCUGUCUCGGGAUAGGAGCACAAACGAGGCUGUCCGAAGUUUCCAAGUCACGGCGGUAUCGUCUCACCUGCACUAACAGUUUCCUCGGAAAUAUCUCAGACAGUGCGGCAGCGGAACUCUGCUACGCGCCUCGCAAUAUCUACGCUGUCGCGGAGGGCACAUGCAUUGAUUCACCAGUAAUCAUGCCAAUCACUUGGUCAGGUCGUGGUAAUAUUGAUCAAGCCAAGGACGCCCGCAGACAUGGACUCGCUCGAUCAUGCAGAACACAUGCUGGCCAGCCGCCUAUCCCGCGUAUCGCCAACAGCGGUGAUGGAUAGCCAACAGUCCUUUGGGGAGAAGAAAGGUUCGUGUUGGCGGGCGGCCACGUCCGCUUCCAGCCUGUCGAGGUUCCGCUGUCUAGACGAGCAAGCACUUCCGCCUGCGUGGUAUAGGCUUCCGACGGACAUCAGUGCUAGCAACGAGCGGCUUCACUGACAGGAUAUGUUACCCUUCUGGAGUAGAAAGGUAGAAUUUGUGGUUAUUGUUCAUGCUGGCACAUGAUGCGGCGUGUACUCCGUCUCAACGAGACUGUCGCCGUGGCACUUCUGUUCGAGGACCAUGUCGGCGCAUCUCAAGAUGGUAAAUGGCUAGUCCAGUCUGGAUGAUUCUUCUCGCAGCGGGC